AUGCAGCGGCUGAUGAAUUGUUUGAAGUUGCUCUACUCCCUGGAAACCCUUGAUACACGCUUUGCAAGAUCGACUACAGCAUCUCAGAGCUCCACACAAGACCCUUCCAGACCCUUUGCUCCAAAGCUAGAGCGCUCACCCUUGCCCGAUAUGAAGCCAUCCAAAUGGCGGACAACCGAAUACCGUAUCUAUUGUCUUGUCUUCGUUAUCGUCAUUCCAACGAUGGUGAAGCAGGUCUAUGACAUAUCGAAACCGGGAAGUCCUGACUGGGACUCUUAUUCGAAGAAAUUAACUCCAGGCUGGAUCCCUGGGCGCCAAAUUGACAACUCCGACGCACAGUACGCUAACUUUCGAGAUAAUCUCCCUUACCUCUUAAUUCUUCUUAUACUGCAUCCAUUGGCUCGCAAGCUAUAUGGCAUCUUCUGGCGAAUUGACAGUCACAUGUCUCUGGGCAGCAACGAUGAUUUGUCCCAUGAACCAUUCCUGGCCGUUGCAGAUACCAGACUGCAACGUCGGACCUUGUUUGAUGUUGGUUUCGGGACUAUCUUUCUUAUUGCGCUGCACGGCGUUUCGGCGGCAAAGAUUCUUCUGAUCUUCUAUAUUAACUUCAAGAUUGCGACACGGCUUCCUAGAAGCUACGUGCCUGGCGCUACCUGGCUCUUCAAUUUCGGUAUUCUGUUCGCGAACGAACUUUGCCGCGGAUAUCCCUUCGCCGAGAUCGCUCAGGUCUUGUUACCAAAUAUCAAAGCUGCGCAAGAAUAUGGUACAAAAAUUGAUAGCUACGGUGGUCUCAUUCCUCGAUGGGAAGUGCUCUUUAAGAUCUCAAUAUUACGCCUCAUCUCAUUUAAUUUGGACUACUAUUGGGCCCAGGAAGAGGGUAAUUUCAAAAUAACCGACAAGAAGCAUACAGACGGUUCGCUCAGCGAGCGCGAUCGUGUCUCAUAUGGCGCCACUUUACGAGACUUUAACCUCAAAAUUUACCUUGCCUAUACGCUAUACUCACCUCUUUACCUCGCUGGUCCGAUUGUGAGCUUCAACGACUUCGUCUAUCAAUCGCGAAAUUGUCUACCGACCACAACCACGGUCAGGACCACUCUCUAUGGCCUGCGCUUCCUCAUAGCCCUCCUUUGUAUGGAGUUGGUUCUACAUUACUCUUACGCAAUAGCGAUCAUCAAGUCUUCACCUUUAUGGACACGGUAUACCCUCUACCAACUCGCCAUGCUUGGAUAUUUCAACCUACACACAGUCUGGCUGAAGCUGCUUAUCCCUUGGCGUUUCUUCCGACUAUGGGCUUUGAUAGAUGGACUUGACGCGCCAGAGAAUAUGGUCAGAUGUAUGUCUGACAAUUACUCAACACUAGCGUUCUGGCGUGGCUGGCAUCGAAGCCUGAACAGGUGGAUUGUCCGGUACAUCUACGUUCCUCUUGGCGGCAACGGAAAUGGUAAGGUCAAGACCAUAAUGAAUAUUCUGGCAGUAUUCACCUUCAUCGCCCUUUGGCACGACAUCAAUCUGCGUCUCUUGGCUUGGGGCUGGCUAACCACCUUGUUCAUUCUGCCUGAAGUAAUUGCUAUGAUGAUCUUCCCAAAACGCAAGUGGAAGGACUGGCCGGAGACGUUCAGGGUUCUUUGUGGCAUCGGGGCAGUGGGGAACAUUCUCAUGAUGAUGGUGGCAAGCCUCGUAGGCUUUGUCAUGAGUGUCGACGACGUCAAAGAGAUGGUAAAUGGUAUAGUUCCAGGCUGGUCAAAUGCUGGAUUCGUCACUGUGGCUGUGAUGUGUCUUUUUGUGAGCGCGCAGAUUAUGUUUGAGCACAGAGAGGGUGAGAAGAGGCAGGGGAUCAAUCUGAAAUGUUAA